AUGGAGGCCGGUCCGCUUGAGCCCCAUGUCCAAAGCGAUGAAGAUCUCGAGAACAUGCUUCGUGACUCUCUUUCUGUCUCGAGCGCACAGCAGUGUUGCUCUGCACCCAAGAUACCACGAGAAUUAGGCGGUGCUGUCGAUGCGGAGCACAAAAUGUACGUCGUUACUGGACUGCGCAUCGCCGACGUGAGCACCUUUCUCAUGGCCGUUUUUAGGGGUCCCACAGCUAACGUGUAUGCGGUGGCGGAAAAGAUAGCCGAUGAUGUAGAAAAGGUAUAUAGACUCGCCUGA